AUGUCUCGCAAUCGCGCGUUUCGAUUACUCAAAGAUGCGCGUUUACGCGCCUCGGCGACGAGCGUUGGUGGUACCAGCUCCAGAGUCGGGCAAACCGUCACGAGGAGUGCGGAUUUAGCGAGCGCGCACCCGGAAGGCGUUCGUCACGUCUCCUUGCAAAUCGUGCAACAACGCAUGAAAUCCGUCUCGAACAUUCAGAAAAUCACAAAGGCGAUGAAGAUGGUCGCCGCGUCUCGAUUGAAACCAGCCCAAGAUAAAGCGAUUGCCUCGAGAGGGAUGGUGACUCCGUUUUAUAAGUUACUGGGAGAUUUACCCGGCGCGGAGACGGCGAAGACGUUGAUGGUGCCGAUUUCCUCGGACAAAGGUUUGUGCGGCGGCAUCAACGGGAACGUCGUCAAAGUGUCGAACGUGUUGUUGGAAACGGCGAAGGAUAAAGAGUCAGAAAUUUCGAUGGAUGUAAUUGGCGAUAAGGCGAGAGGUUUGAUGCAACGGCAAGUAGGGGAACUGUUCGCGAACGUGUUGGUGGACGCGACGAAGCAACCGUUGACAUUUGGAACGGCUUCGGCGUUGGCGGAGCAAGUGGCGAAGGACAACGAGGGUAAAGCGCUCAUCGUGUACAACAGGUUCGUUUCGGCUAUUUCGUUCAAGCCAACGAUUGCGACGGUAUUGUCUGGGGAAGAGUACGAGAAGUCGGCGGAAAACUUGGAAAAUAAAUUCGAUUCGUACGAGGUUGAAGGACCGGAUCGUGGGGAGUUUUUGCUCGACUUGGCGGAGUUCAAAACCGGCGCGGUUAUGUACAACGCGUUGGCGGAAAACAACACUUCGGAAUUGGGAUCUAGAAUGCAAUCUAUGGAAUCGUCCUCGAAGAAUGCUUCGGAGAUGUUACAAAAGUUGACGCUCUUGUACAACAGAACGAGACAAGCGGCGAUUACCACGGAGUUGAUUGAAAUUAUUUCCGGCGCUUCCGCUUUGGAAGAUGCCAAGUAA